UUUUGAGGGGGAGGAUUCAGGAUUUCAGCCAAGAUGUGACAGCAGUGGAAAGCUGAGCGAGUAAAGUAACAAUUACUGAAGGAAGAAAGGAGAAAGGAGAGGCUGCAAUGGCGUUAGAGUACUCAGACUUGGAGAAGGCCAUCAACACCCUGGUCACAAACUUCCACGCGGCGUCUGCCGAUAAAGGCCCCUCGCUCAAGGCGGAUGAAUUCAAGAGCCUCCUUUCCUCCCAGCUGCCCAACCUUGUGAAGACCGGAGGGUCAGACGCAGGUUUCGGGGAGGUGCUGAAGCAGAUGGGGGUGAAGGAUGGAGAGGGCAUAACCUUCAAAAACUUCUGGACCCUGAUCCAAAACCUGGCUACCAGCCAGUAUGGCCUGCUCAGCAACGAGAAGGUGUCCAAAUGCAGCUGCCUUCUACUGUGAUCGCCAGGAUUCACCUGCAGACUCGGUCCAUCAUGGAGGGGCGCUGUUGCCUUUAUACACCCACCUAGAUUUGGUCUCUCCAUUGCUCUGCAUUUAACCAGUCACACUUCUUUUCUCGAAACACUAACCCCCCCAUGUCUACUUCAGUGAAAAUGUGCUUGAUAAAAGACUCAGUUCUUUGUUACAGUGCAAUGUAGAAAUGAGCCACAUUAGAAUUGCUACAAAACUCGAUGUCUAAAGUUCUGAAGUGGCCACAAAUCUCAAUCUAAACCUAAAUCAUGAUCAUGAACUGGAGCUUUUAAAAGAAUUUUAGCUACGUUCACAUUACAAGCCUCAGUGCUCAAAUCCGAUUUUUUGCUCAAAUCCGAUCUCUGACACGAUGGUUCACACUCGUUUAGGUAAGUGAUACAAAUGUCAUUAAUGUGAACGAACCUGCGUCCUGAAAUGACCCGCAUGUGCACAUCCUACUCAGUAACGUCACGUGAAUGAAUCACCGCAUCAUCAGCACAAACUAACGAGCAGAACGAGCUUCGCUGAGAAGAUAAUUAACUCUGAUCAGCUCUCAGCUUCAAUAUUAGAGCGAGACGAAGGACAAAAAGGUGAGAUGAGCUGCUUUUCCACCGUUUACAGGCUUUAACUUCUGUUCGGCGCUGCUGCCAUGGUAACGCUGAAUGAUGGUGCAGUGGAAAAAAGCACAUUAAUUCUGAUCUGAGCGUCACAUUAAGGUCACAUGGCUACGAAUCGGACACAUAUCUGAUCUAAGACCAUAUGAAAGUGGCUCAGGUCAUAUUUGAAUAAGAUCAGAUUUGUGUCCACACAGCCCUGAAAACAUCAGAUCUGAGUCACAUUAGGGCAAAAAAUCGGAUUUGUUCCACUUCAGCCUGGUAAUGUGAACGUAGCCUUUGUUUCUAUUUUCUACAUCUGUUAAUGGGAUCUUCAAAGCACACUGACCAAGUAUACUGCUUUUUUUUUUGAGGUAAUAGUGGUCAGAAUUUUUUUUUUUUUAGUUUUUUACUUACAUGUAACAUCACUAGUAUUGUGUCAUAUCGUGUUUAGUAUGUCUGUGUGUAAUAACACAAGUCUGUUACUUGUAUCAGCGCCCUUUAAAUCUCCAACAGAAUAAUACUUCUUCAGAAGUAUCAUCUCGACAUUAUUUUUUACCAUAUUUAUAUUUUGUAACUCUCCUCUGUUUUGCCCACAAAUGCAUUAACAUACAGCACUGUUUAAUGUAAUUAAAGCCAAAAAUCCACAUUGUGUU